AUGAGAAAACUUUCUCUAACCCCUAAUGACCACUGCCACAACGAUCAAGACUUGUUUAUCAAUAAACAAGGACUGGCUUUUGUUUUAUUUUCCUUGCUUGGGGUGUCUACUAGGGUAAAUCAAUGGUGGGAAAGCAUUCCAUUCCCCACUUCUGCAGUGAUUGUUGUGUGUGGAUCAAUUUACUUGGCCUAUCUUCUGGUUGGAUAUGAUUCCUUCACUAAGAUAUGCUUCUUGGCUUCUGCUGUUGUGUCACGGUUUCAAGGUAUAUCCUUUUUCUUUCCAGCUCCAUUACUAUUGUUCAGUCAAUGUAGUUAAUUGUUUGGGUAGGCUUAUAGUGGACUAAUUGCCUGCCUGUUUGGAGCAGUAGGCUCUUGUAGUUGUUUUAAUCGGCUGAUCCUCGGUUGCAUAUUCCAUGUUCUCAUAGCACUGCUGGUGACAUACAAUCCUUUUGUUAAAUUUGAUUCCCUCAUGAAUGAGUGUGUGAUUGGUUUCUCAGGAGUAUUUUCCAUGAUUGUUAUAGAGACUAGCCUGAGUGGAGUUCAAUCCAGGAGUGUGUUUGGGUUGUUUAAUGUGCCUCCCAAGUGGUAUUCAUUGUUUUUGUUGGUAGUAUUCCAAAUUCUCAUGCAAAAUGUCUCACUACUUGGACACCUUUGUGGCAUUUUAUCUGGGUUUGCAUAUACGUAUGGCUUGUUUAAUUUCCUCAUACCUAGGACAUCUUUUUAUUAUUCCAUUGAAGCCUCUUCCUUGCUUGUAAGUAUCUUUCUGGAAUUGGCUUUGGUACUGCACAAAGAUGAGAAAACUUGCAUUUGAUUGCUUUCUAUAUCCUCUUGCUGUUAUCAUUAGACUUGAUUCAUAUACAUAUCAAAUCACA